AUGGACACGGACAGGAUGGCCACCGAGCUGACAGAGCGCUUUCGCAGCGUCCUCAGCACGAAGCGCCUCAACGAAAUCACAUCACGGUCACAGUCUCGAUCCGCAUCUCCAGCACCGCGCGACUUUGGCACCCCGCAGCCGCCGUCGUCCAGCGCCCCGCCCACGUACUCGUCCAUCCGAAACAUUCCCCUGAUGCCUGAAGCACCUCGCGACGCACGCUCAUUGCGCUUCCGCAACAUGCUGCAUUCGCUAUCCGCCCUUCCCACGCGAUGGGAGAACCCUGGACUGCUCGACGAAGCCCUCCGCGUCGUGCCUCUCGAGCAGAUCUACAACGAAGCCGAAGAGGAGAGCCAAAUCCUGCAGGCCGAAGCAGAGAGCCUCGGCGCAGGUAAGAAGGCCGCCUGGGGCUACCAAGACUGCGUAGUCCGCGCACUUCUGCGCUGGUUCAAGCGCUCCUUCUUCCAAUGGGUCAACAACCCACCCUGCUCGCGCUGUUCCUCGCCCACCGUAGCCAUGGGCAUCACCGCACCACUUCCCGACGAACAGGCACGCGGCGCCACCCAGGUCGAGGCCUACCAGUGCUCCUACGAAGGCUGCAAGAACUUUGAGCGAUUCCCUCGCUACAACGACGCAUUCGUGCUUCUGCAGACCCGCAAAGGACGAUGCGGCGAGUGGGCCAACUGCUUCAGCAUGCUCUGCCGCGCCGUCGGCUCAAGAGUCCGCUGGGUAUGGAACGCCGAGGACCACGUCUGGACCGAAGUCUACUCGAUGCAUCGCAAGCGAUGGGUGCACGUAGACGUCUGCGAGGAGGCUUGGGACAAGCCCAAGCUGUACACCGAAGGCUGGGGCAAGAAGCUCUCAUACUGCAUUGCAUUCUCCGCCGAUGGCGCCAUGGAUGUCACCCGCAGAUAUGUUCGUGACCCCUCCAAGCACGCUGCUGUGCGCGAACGCGCAUCAGAAGCUGUUCUGCUCCACAUCUUGGACGAGAUUCGCUACAUUCGGCGACAAAACAUGUCCAAGCAAGACAAGUUCCGCCUCCAGGGCGAGGACAUGCGAGAGGGCAAAGAGCUCCGCAGCUAUGUCAUCUCCUCCAUCGCCAAUGAUAUCAGCAGGCUCCGCGCCGAAGACAUUAUCAACGGCCAUGUUGCCCCACGUCGCCAGGAUGCCGAUGCCGACAAGGCACUAGAGGGCCGACUCAGUGGAAACUCCCAAUGGAUCCAAGCACGAGGCGAAGGCGGCCGUGGCCGACCAAACCACCAGGACCCUCGAAACCAACGGUGA